AUGAAGUUCACCACCACCACCGCGGCCGUUGCCGCCAUGGCUGGCAUUGCCGCCGCCAAGGACAGCCGAACCUUCGCUGUUCUGCGAUUCACCAACAAGGGCUUGGUCACCACUCGUGCUGAUCCCAUCGUCAACCCUGGUGUUCCCUCUGGACACGUCCACAAUGUCCUGGGUGGCAGCAACUUCGGCUUCUCCUCCACCGGCGCGGACCUCGUCAAGUCCAACUGCUCUACUGCUCUAGUCAAGGGUGACUACUCCAACUACUGGUACCCUACCCUCUACUUCCACGACCCCAAGACGGGCAACUUCGAGUACGUCGACGUUUACUACACCAACGUCUACUACUUCUUCGAGGCCACCAACGAUGAGAUCAAGGCCUUCCCCACUGGUCUCCAGAUGCUGGCCGGUGACUCCAUGUCCCGCACCGUUCCCGCUGCCGGCGGUGGUGACCAGCUCGACCCUUCCAAGGGCCCUAUUAACAACGUUCAGUUCACCUGCCCUCGUACUAGCUACAACCCUCCUUCAUACCCCGUCGGCUCUGACGGCUCCAAGGCUGGUAUGGUCGACCCCAACAACCAGGGCGCUGGUGUUGGUCUCCCCGAUGUUACUUGCGAUGGCAUGUACUCUCCUCUCCGUAUGGACCUCCACUUCCCCUCUUGCUACAACCCCGCCGCCGGCCUCACCAACUACAAGGAGAACAUGCAGUUCCCUACCGAUGCUGGUAACGGCAAGCAGGACUGCCCCAAGGGCUGGAUUCACACCCCUCACAUCUUCUUCGAGGUCUACUUUGACACCCAGCCCUACAAGGGCCGCUGGACCGAGAACCAGGGAACUCAGCCCUUUGUCCUCUCCAACGGUGAUGUUACCGGAUACGGUGCCCACGCUGACUUCAUGGCCGGCUGGGACGAGGAUCUCCUCCAGCACAUCAUUGACACUUGCGAUGCUGGUGACUCUGGUAUGGACCAGUGCCCCGGUCUCUUCUACGGCCUGAACAGCGGUGACUGCACCAUCGCCCCUCUGGUUAACGAGCAGGUUACUGGCACUCUCACCAAGCUCCCUGGUAACAACCCUCUCAGCGGCUUCAGCUACGGUGCUGCCCCUGCUAUGCCCGCUGGUGGUUCCGCUCCCGCCUCUUCCAGCAAGGCUGCUGCUCCUGCUUCCUCUAGCAAGGCUGCCGCUGCCUCCAGCAAGCCCGCCUCUUCUCCCUCCAGUAAGCCCGCCUCUUCUCCCUCCGGCAAGCCCGCCAGCUCCCCCAGCAAGCCUGCCGCCUCCAGCAACGUUGUCAACGCCGGCCAGCCCGCCAAGACCAUCGAAUCUGCCCCUCCUGCUUCUUCUCUCCCUGCUGCCGGUGGCGCUGGUAACGACGCACAGUGCAGCGCCGCCAAUGUCCACACCGUUACUGAGACCAUCACAGUCACUGCUGGCACUCCUGCCGCCACUUCUGUUCCUUCCAAGGGCAACUCUGCUGCCGCCACCGUCGGUGGAUACACCUACGCUGGUUGCUACCAGGACAACAUCGGCCGUGUCCUCACCGGCGAUAUCCUGCCCAACCUUGGCCCUAUGACCAACGACAAGUGCGUUGCCAACUGUGUCAGCAAGGGAUUCUCCAUCGCUGCUACUGAGUACGGUGGCCAGUGCUACUGUGGCAACGAGCUCGUUGGCUCUUCCAAGCUCGCUGAGAACCAGUGCACUAUGGCCUGCGAGGGUAACUCCAAGGAGGUCUGCGGUGGAAGCUGGGCCAUCAGCGUCUACAGCAAGACCGGCGCUGUCUCCAUGAAGGCCGCCAAGCGUGCCGAGCACGUCCACCGCCACCGCAGCCUCCGCCACUAA